AUGGCCGUCACUCUUCCAGCUAACACUCAAGUUUACUUAAACGCUAUCGCUGCCCGUCGUACUCUUUACGAACUAAAACCAGAAUUACCAGCUGAUGUCACUUUAGAAAACAUACAACAAGUUGUUCAAUCCAUCAUCAAGAACACUCCAACUGCUUUGAACUCUCAAGAAAACCGUGCUAUCAUCUUAAUUGGUGACGCUCACAAGAAAGUUUGGGAUCACGUUGUGAAAGCCAUUCCAGGUGAAAACGGUAAGAAGAGACCAACUUCUGCUAGAGAUGAAGCUUACGGUUGUGUCAUUUUCUUUACUGAACAAAACACCGUCAAGAAAUUCCAACAAGAUUAUCCAGCUGCUGCUUCUGCUUUCCCAGUUGCUGCAUCUCAUACCACUGGUGCUGUUCAAAUCAACUCUUGGACCGCUUUGGAAACUUUAGGUUUAGGUUGUCAUUUACAACAUUAUAACGAUGCUGUUAGAGAAGCUUUAAAUAAUUAUAAGAUCCCAGAAUCUUGGACAGUUAACUCUCAAUUAUCUUUCGGUAUCCCAAUAAAAUCUGCUGGUCCAAAGCUAUUCAUCGAAAACCCAGUUACCAUUUUCAAAUAA